AGUCAGUAUUUUUGGAUCGCUCCGAUACAUCGGUAGCCUCCGUUCGCCGCCGCCGUCGUCGUCUGCGUCGUCUCGCGAAAUUGGUGCGUUCGUUUGAUCCUUCGUGAGGGGUUUACUUUUUUCUUCUUCUUUUUGUUUGGAAUUCUUUGAGGAACUGUUGAGGUCUCGUGCGAGUUCGUGUGUGUGUGUGUGUCUUCCGGGAACCGACUUCCGGUGGCCACAGAGUUCGCAACUCUUCUGAAGAUAAACUCAGCGGAAUCUUCCACUGGUUGCAAAGUUUUUUUUUCUCCACAUUCGUGUUGGUUUAUUUUCUCAAACUUUUCGCGCGCGCGGGCAGCACGUCAACACGCGAGGGGAAGUUCAACCAACAGUCGUCUACGCGGGAGGGGUAGGUGGAGGAUUUCGCGGCCAAGAUAAGGAAAGACGUAGCGCUCUGUUGUGUGACGUUCUUGGUCUAUUCGCGGUCUGGCAACAAGUGUGUGUGUGUGACGGUGUUUGUGAUCUAUCGUUGCGCCGAACGAGGCUCAUUAUCACCCUUCAAAAAGGAAGCGCCACAGUAUUGGUGCCGCUGCUUAGUAGUGGCUCCUCUUUUGUGAUAGUGCAUACCACUGCAUGUAGAUAGUAGGCAGAAGCCGGUAGUUAGUGUACACAAACAAGACAAACGAAGAAGAGAGAGGGGGGAAAAAAGAGUGCAAUCGCUGAGCUUUUGAGGAGAUGCUGUGAGAUUGUUUCGUUACCCAACGAGCAACUACCGCGAAUAAACUGAUAACAUCUACACAAGCACCAUGCAGUAACUCACGUGAUACAGCAAAACUGUGUUGUUGUUGUUUCCGGAAAAGUCUUCAAAAGCAACCGAAGCAGGAGAAAUUCUUCCACCGAGGAAUGCUCAAAAUUGGCGUGAUUUCGGGCCAAAGAGGGGAGAGUCCCUGCCGGGAAAAUUGGCACAAUAAAGUGAAAAAAGCAGCCCUAAACCGAGUUUGGCCCAACGCGACUGUAUGCAGUAACGUGUAGUAAACUUCCGGAGACCAGGAAUCCGAACGAUGUGCGAUUAAAAUAACCCGAAAAAAGUAACCGGUAGAGGGAGGAAUAUGCAAAACUGCCCACAGUAUUGAGGCAGAUUGUGCUUGUACUUGUGUGGAAUGCUGAACGUGUUUGUGACGUGCCUCCAAAGCCAGACGCGCUCCGGAUUCGAUUCCAGUCGAGGAAAAGUGAGAAUAACCUGAUGUAAAAAAGGCAAAACAAAAACAAGCAAAAACCAAAUCGAAACACGAGUGCAUGAGCUUGGAAACAAAUUGUGGAUACGGUUUUGUGGUUUUUCUGAGAAAGAAUUCAUUCACGGAAACGGGAGCGGGGAAAAGAAGAAGGCAAAAAGGUGUUAGCUCAGUGACAUUUCAAUUACGAUAAAAAAAAACCGAAUGAAUUAUAGUGCAACCGCAGUCAAGUAGUAGAGUGCAGUAGUUAAGUGUGUUUGACAAACUCUUCAAACUGAAGGGGGAGGGGGAAACAGCUUCUUGAAUCCACAGCCGGAGGUUGCAUGAUGUUCUAACCCCCAAAGUGGUUCACUUGAAGGGGAAAACGUGCUGAGUGUGAGAUAAUACUAGUUGCGGGAAACCGUUAGUGGUUUGGAACGAGGAAAGUUGGAGAAAAAACAACUUUUGAAUCGUUUAUUUUUGAAUGAAACCAGCAGUUCUCGAAGCGGAAAGGACCAACAUGGAAGAUUGAAAUAUUAGUGAAUGAACAUCAUCAUCAUCACCGUCAGGGGCGCCACCUUCACCGACAUUCCCGACCAGAGUCCCUUAAGUGAAAGCUCUGCCACGGGAAAAUCCCAUCAAUCCUCCGGCAACCUCGUCGGAGAAGAAAAGUGAGAAAACAGAGGAGGAAAAUUCAACAGCUCAUCUUAAAUCGUGUGAGUCGAGUGUGGUUCGUAAAAUUUGUCGGUGAAAUUUGAAGGUAAAUAAAGUUGCUGGGAAAAAAAGUUGUUUGCUGCUCAUUGUGGGAAAAUUUCGUGGAAAAGCGUACACAGUGUGAUGUUAAUUUGAGGGGGGAAAAGGCAUGUUAAGUCAUUCGAGGAAGAAAAACAGGAGAAGAUUGUUGCUCGUGAGGUUUUUUUUCGAAAUAAAAAUGUGAAAACAGAGAAGAGGAUAAUUAAUUUAUGGAGCAAAAGUUGUGUGAUGUGCUAUUAUUUUAAUUGAAAUUGUACCUCCAACGAGGGGGGUGGAAUGCUCACUGGGCGAAGGAAAACAAAUUUAGAAAAUCCUGAUAAAAGUUAAAGGAGCAUGAGUGAUUAAUGAGAGUGAUUUUUGGAGAAGGUGGCGGUAGAGUGGCUUGCUUGCCAAAAACAACGAAUUCAAGGAAGAAAACAAUCUUCAAAAGAUGUAGCAAUCGUGAAUCGUGAAUUGGAACAAGACCGAGCAAGGUUAAAGUUACCGAGUGAAAUCGAAGCCCUGAAAGUGAGCUCAAAUUUAAAGUGUUUGCAAGAUUGAGGAAAACCACACACACGGCAGUGAUGGCCUGAGGCUUCCGAGGCCACUGGUUGGCUGAAUGUGGCUGAAUGGUUUGUGCUGCGGCGGUGGUCUCUGCGGCAUCGGAGACGUCCUGAAGGAUCACCAUCACCAGCAGCACGAAGAAGACGGUGGUCCCGGGGACUGUGGGUUGGCCGCCGCUCUCCGGGGGUGUCCUGGGGGGCGUUGUUCCACGUGUACCGUUAUGGGGUGCACCCCGAGCAUACUGUCCAACAGCAGUGGUGGCAGCACCAGCAACGGUCAGCAGCAGAACCGCAAGGAUUCCGGCGGCAUCUACGGUGGUGUUCCGGCCUCAACGGCGGCGGUCACAACGACGACGACGACCUCGGCGGCGACCACCGGUAAUGAUUGCAUCAAAAAGGACUCAAUCGUGUCAAUUACCGGUCUCGGGCCGGUUUCCGUCGUUUCCAGCGUGCUGCGUCGACCAACUAUUGGAAGUAAGUCGCCUAAACAUAAGCGCAGUGGAACAUCGAGCAGCUCUGGACGGCACGGCCCCCGGCAAACGUCAUCGCUGGCACUAACCCCCGAGGAGGAACCACUCGACUCAUAUCCUAGAUUAAUAUCGGAUUUAAAAUUUCCCAACCUGUGGCCACCCAACCCACCGAUUAAGAUUUUAAUUGCAUUCUGCAAGAAUGACCCCGUGUUCGAGGCGCUGGUCACCGCCAGCCACCGGCUCAACUUCGAGCCGACCUUCGUCAAGUCCCACGAGGCGGCCAUCGAGGCGUUCCAGAACGUGGCCACCGGAGGGCAUCACAUAAUCGUGGUGGACGCGCGGCACCCCCGGAUCAUCGAGGCGGACGCCCUGGGCAGGUCCAUUAGGAAUUCAAAAGGUAGUCAACAUACCACCAUGGUAGCAGUAGUGAAGAAAAGUGUAUUCGAAAAGGACGACACGGCUGUGAUUUCGCUGCUAGACGUUGGCUUCAACAGGUGCAUCAUCGAGUCGCCCCACGUGUCCAUCUGCUCGUCGGAGCUGCGGCAGAUCCAGCACUCACUCGUCCGGCCACAGAAUGUGAUAUCGACGCAACAGGCUCUUUACACGGCCCUGCACCGCUCGAGGGAGGCCAUCAUCAUCACGGACGACUCGUUGCGGGCCCAGUACGCAAACCGGGCUAGCGAACGUAUUUUAAACAUGAAGUUGGACGAAAUCGUUGGCCGUUCGCUGAGCGAGCUGGUUACGGCCGACGUGAGCAACAUUUUAUCUCAAACCAGUAGACAUAAGGAUUACGAAGGUUUCAUCAGCACGCGGCGAAAAUCGCAGGAAACGCUCCACAUCCACGUGCGCGCCGUACCUGUCUCAUGCAUCGGAAGGAGUCCCACCCAUCUCGUAUUAAUCCUGGAGUCCCCGGCGAGCGGCACGACCCUCUCGGCGCUGGCCAGUGACGCCCUGCAGACCCUGCCCCAGGGCAAGGAGGUGGCCCGCGGUUCGCUGCACUCGAUCCGCCGCGGCAGCUUCGACGUCCGGUCGAUCGCCUCGGACGGGCUGCGCCGGACCAGCCUGGCCAAGCUGUCGCAGCUGCCGCUGGAGGCGCCCAUCACCAAGGUGCUAAGCCUGCUGGCCCAGGUGCAGGAGAACUGCUCCCAGGACGAGUCCAAGCUGCUGGACCGCGUGAUGGAGUUCCUGAAGCGCGAGGGGCUGUACAGUCCCCAGAUGAAGGAGAUCCGCACCGAGGACCCGGUCGCGACCGAUCUGAUCGGGGCGCUGCUGACGCAAGGACCCACCAACACGAUCUCGUCGCGGCGCAGCUCGAACGACUCGAUCAUCCGGGGCGGCGGCCGGCCCUCCACCGGCAGCAUCGUGUUCACCAAGACCCGCGAGUCGACGCAGCUGAACGAACUGCUCAACAACGCGCUGGCCUGGGACUUUGAGAUCUUCCGGCUGGAGGAGCUCACCGAGCGGCACCCGCUCGUCUGCCUUGGUUUGGAGCUUUUCAGACGGUUCGACGUGUACAACACGUUCUGCUGUGACGAGAACACGUUCGAACGGUGGCUGCACAAAAUGGAGGAACAUUACUGCUCGAAGAACACAUAUCACAACAGCACGCACGCCGCGGACGUGAUGCAAGCCACGGCGUGCUACCUGCAGCAGCUGUCCAACCGCGAGCUGAAGGUGAUGGACCGGAUGGACGAGGCGACGGCACUGAUCGCGGCCGCAACCCAUGACAUUGAGCACCCGGGCCGCUCGUCCGCCUUCCUGUGCAACUCGGACGACCGGCUCGCCCUGCUGUACAACGACAUCUGCGUGCUGGAGUCGCACCACGCGGCCACCACCUUCCAGCUGACCCUGGGCGACGACAAGAUAAACAUCUUCAAGCACCUCGACCGGGAGUCGUACAAGCUGGCCCGGUCCGUCAUCAUCGACAUGAUCCUGGCCACGGAGAUGACGCGCCACUUUGAGCACCUGGCCAAGUUUGUGAGCGUGUUCGGCACGGACGUGGACGCCGGCAAGGAGACGACCCACGACAACGAGGACAACCAGAUCCUGGUGCGGCGGAUGCUGAUCAAGUGCGCCGACGUGAGCAACCCAACGCGGCCCCUCAAGUUCUGCGUCGAGUGGGCCCGCCGGAUAGCGGAGGAGUACUUCACGCAGACGGACGAGGAAAAGCGGAAGAAUCUCCCGAUCGUGAUGCCGAUGUUCGACCGGACCACGUGCAGCAUCAGCAAGAGCCAGAUCGGCUUCAUCGAGUACAUCAUCCACGACAUGAUGGACGCGUGGAACAGUUUCAUCGAAAUGCCCGAAAUCAUCCGGUACAUGGAGCACAACUACUCCAAGUGGAAGCUGUUUGAGGAGCAGGGCAUCAACACGCUCAACGACAUCAAGCGGAAGCAGUUUACGCUCAACUCGAGCGAGGCGGCCGGUACGACCUCGUCCGUGGAGGAGCUCUAGAGUGUGGUGCGUGCGUCUUGUAGUAGGUCCGAACGUCCGAACGUUACGUGUAACCCCUUCCCAGUUUUAGCCAUCCACGGCAGCUUUAUUCGCAAAACGGUCGCGAUUUAGAGUCAUGAUUGCUGUGUGAAGAAAAAAGAAUAAGAGAUUUGUGUUUUUUGAACGGCGUGCGUGUUUGUGGGGUAAAUUGAUUGCUGAAAA